GUCCUUUCCUCAGCUGCCGCUAAGGUGCUCGGUUCUUCCGAGGAAGCUAAGGCCGUGUUGGGGUGAGGCCCUCACUUCAUCCGGCGACUAGCACCGCGCCCGGCAGCGUCCGCUCAGCACUCGCCAGCACCAUGGCCUCCGUCUCGGAGCUCGCCUGCAUUUACUCGGCCCUCAUCUUGCAUGACGAUGAGGUGACGGUCACGGAGGAUAAGAUCAAUGCCCUCAUUAAAGCAGCUGGUGUGAAUGUUGAACCCUUCUGGCCCGGCUUGUUUGCAAAGGCCCUGGCCAACGUCAACAUUGGGAGCCUCAUCUGCAAUGUAGGAGCUGGUGGACCCGCCCCAGCAGCUGGUGCUGCACCAGCAGGAGGUCCUGCUCCUUCCACCACUGCUGCCCCAGCUGAGGAGAAGAAAGUGGAAGCAAAGAAAGAAGAAUCUGAGGAGUCUGAUGAUGACAUGGGCUUUGGUCUUUUUGACUAAACUACUUGUAUAAGCUGCUCAAUAAAAAGCUGAACUCUU